CUCUUCCUUCCCCAAGCUCUUUCUCUCUCCUCUCUCUCUCUCUCCUUCUCUCUCUUCUUCUCUGCGCAUGCAAGCUCCUCGAGAGGGGAAACCAGCGGCGGUCGUCGUCAAGAUGGGCAAGUACAUGAAGAAAUCGAAGACGAUCACGCGCGACGUCUUGCUCCCGGAGGUCUCCCCGCGCUCCUCGGCCGCCGGCGUCCGGACCAGGGCCAAAACCCUAGCCUCGCGGCGCCCCCGGAGAGCAUCCCGGCCGCCGCCUCCCGCCGCCGCCGCGGCCGCCGCGCCGAGCUCGGACGCCUCCCCUUGUCCCUUCUCCUACCUCCAGCUGCGGAGCCGGAGGCUCCGGAAACCCUGCCUCGCGCCCUCGGAAGCGAGAAGGGACGAAGUGCCGGUGGGGAGGAGGCGGGCGGAGAGCGGUUCCGGGGGAAGCUGUGACGCUUCGUGCUCGGCGGGAACGGCGUCGUUGGGCGGUGGAGUGGAGGGGGAUGGAGGGUGCGUCGGUCGGAGUGGCGGAGGAAAUGGGGAGGAGUGCGCCUGCGAUGCGGGGGUCGACGCGUCUUUUGGGGAGAACGAUUUGGAGAUUGAAGACACAGACAGUUUCUUUUUCCACAAAUUUGAUCAUGACAACGACACUCAUUGGAAAUUAAAAAAGCAUAAAGGUACCAACCCCUUGGAGAAAUGUUUUCCCCAUUGCCAGAGGGGCACAAGGGAAACCACGCCAUGUAGCUUGAUAAGGGACUUGAACGCAAACACACCACCGGGGUCAACCACAAGACAGCAGAGCUCAUGCACUGCUCACAGAACUCAAAUGAGCAUACUUAGAAGUAUCCCGGCCUCAGAUGAGAUGGAGGAGUUCUUUGCAUAUGCCGAGCGACGACAACAAAGAUCAUUCAUUGAGAAGUACAACUUUGAUAUCGUCAAGGAUCUUCCCCUCCCAGGUCGUUUUGAAUGGGUGCAAGUAAUUCCAUGAGGUACGCAUUGACGCCGGACGACAGUGUGCAUCGCAUAUGGAGUCAAUGUACAGGAGUAGCAAGAAAGCCUAAUCUGUUACAUAACAGAGGAGGAGCACGCUAACCGGAUAAUAAAUUCAAAUCCCUUGAUAGUGUCUUAGGAGCCGUGAUCUAUGAGUAGAUUAGAAAUCACCUUUUGAGCUUACACCAUUGUAGUCUGUUGAGAAAGGAGAAUAUAGCACUGGUACAUAACUUGUUUCUUCAGUAUAUUACCUAUUCUCUCCUUGUCUAUAUAUUAAAAGUACUAUGCUUUGUUGUUA